CGGAUGACGAUGGAGGACGGAAUUCAGGAUAUUUUAAAUCACGAUAAUGAUGCAUUAAGAGAAAGAGUUUCUGACCUGGAGAAAAAAGUUCAAGAACAAGCAGACGAAAUUGUUUGUUUGCGUGGCACCUUAGCUGAUGUACUAAGGCGUGUAACUCAGCUUGAAGGUCGAGCUGUUAUCAUCACCAGCAACAAUGUUCCUGCUCCUGUAAAACCUUCAUAUUCAAGCAACUCAACUCCAUACAGACCAUCAAAUGUCAGCUAUCAGAGGCAAGCUACUUCACCCACCACAAACUCCAUCAACUCUCACCACACACCCACCACACCACAGACGCCAGGCAGAAGGCUCUCUCAUUACCCAUCAUCAGGUUCGCUUCACAGUGAAGGAGGACACAGUUCAAGUUCUGCUUCUCCCAUACCAUCACCUUCCCCCUCUGUAGCCAACUCCAGGAGUUCGCCAUCUCCGAGACACACGCCGUCUCCUAGCCGGCAUAUAUCCAUGUCGACUUCUAAUUUAAAUUCAAUGAAGAAGUGGUCAUCGAGUCAAGAAAUUCUAACAUCUAAUAAUAAUGUUAGGAGAGUGACAACAGGAUCAUUGUUCAACUUGAAUAUGAGAAGUUCUAUGCCAAAUCACACAAAACAUGGCACAAAAGAAGCUAUAUUUAUGCAAGAGGAAGGUAUUGUAAAACUGUAUUUGAGGGGAAGACCCAUCGCCAUUCAUGUACCUACAGAAUUUUUACAGAAUUAUACUUUAAAUAAAGUAAAUAGUCCUCCAUCCCAAAGAUUAAAGCUUGAGUGGGUAUAUGGUUACAGGGGGAGAGAUUGUAGAUCAAAUCUAUAUUUUCUACCAACCGGUGAAAUGGUUUAUUUUAUUGCAUCUGUUGUUGUAUUAUAUAAUGUUGAAGAUCAGAUACAGAGGCAUUACCUCGGUCAUACUGAUGAUAUCAAAUGUUUAGCCCUUCAUCCGAACAAAUUGCUAAUAGCAACUGGUCAAGUAGCUAGCACAGAUAAGCGAGAAAGAAGGCCUCAUGUCAGAAUAUGGGACUCUGUGAGCUUAAAUACUCUUCAUGUGAUAGGAGCCGGUGAAUUUGAGCGUGCUGUGUCUUGUGUAGCCUUCUCUCAUGCUGAUGGUGGUGCCUUGUUAUGUGUGAUAGAUGAAUCAGUUGAGCAUACUCUGUCAUUGUGGGAUUGGCAAAAAGGUGAAAAAGGACAUAAAAUUACAGAAACCAAAAGUGCAACAGAAACUGUUCUUGCAGCUGAAUUCCAUCCUAUGGAUAGGCAUACUCUUAUUACUAUUGGUCGAAACCAUAUCCACUUCUGGGACACGGAAGGUGGAACAUUAGCCAAAAAAUUAGGCUUGUUUGAGAAACAAGACAAGCCAAGGUAUGUGUUAUGUGUUUCCUUUACUGAAACCGGUGAACUGUUGACUGGAGAUUCCAAUGGCAAUAUACUUGUUUGGUCCAGGGGAGCUAACAGGGUCUCUAGAAUUAUAUACAAUGCACAUGAUGGUGGGGUCUUUUCUAUAUGUUCAAUGAAAGAUGGCACUUUCCUUUCUGGUGGUGGAAGGGAUAGAAGAAUUGUGGAAUGGGAUCAUACUUUAGCUCGCACUGGACGGGAAGCAAAAUUACCUGAACAAGCAGGAGGUGUACGUGCAUUAGCUCAAGGUAAAGGUUCCAUGCUCCUAGUUGGUACAACGAAAAAUUGUAUCCUGCAGGGCACAUUGUCUCUUAAUUUUUCAUUAAUAGUCCAGGGUCAUACAGAAGAAUUAUGGGCACUUGCCGUUCAUCCGAGCCAAAGUCAGUUCAUUAGUGGAGGCCAUGAUCAUUAUAUUCAUCUUUGGGAUACAAUGUCUCAUUCAGUGGUGUGGAGCAAAGAUAUAGGGGAAUCUGUUCAAUCUGCUUGCUAUUCUCCAGAUGGAAGCGUGAUUGCUCUUGCUACUACCUCUGGUAGGUGGUCUGUUAUGGAUGCAACAACCAGACAGAUAUAUUCGAUGCAUGCUGAUGGAAAUGAAGCUAUUGACUGCAUCAAAUACUCUCCAGAUGGUCGAUUCCUUGCAAUUGGAUCUCAUGAUAAUUAUAUUUAUGUUUACCAAGUAGAUGAUGAUUAUAAGAAAUACAAUAGGAUAGGACGUUGUAUGGGACACUCUAGUUUUGUUACUCAUCUUGAUUGGUCAGAAGACAGCGUAUACAUUCAAACUAAUUCUGGAGAUUAUGAAAUUUUAUAUUGGAAUGCUGGUGUUUGUAGACAGGUUAGCAAUAUGUCAAUUGCCAGAGAUAUGAAAUUUCACACACAAACAUGUACACUAGGCUUUAGUGUUUUUGGUAUUUGGCCAGAAAAUGCUGAUGGUUCUGAUAUAAAUACAUGUUCUCGUGCACACAAUCAAAAGGUUUUAGCCACUGGAGACGAUUUUGGGAAAGUUAAUAUUUAUAGCUAUCCAGCUUGCCAGCCAAGGUCACCUCAUCAUUCAUAUGGUGGUCAUAGCAGUCAUGUGACUAAAGUCGACUUCAUUCCUGAUGACACCCGCUUAAUAUCUUUGGGAGGGAAAGAUUGUAGCAUAAUGCAGUGGGCUUUGACUUGAAUUGGCCUAAUAUAAGCUACUUCUGAAAAAAAGAAUAUAUUUGUACUAGCCUUAUGUUGAGUGAGCAACAAAUGUAAAUAUUUUAUUAUUUGUGUUAAAAGAGUAAAUUAAGGCAAAGUGAUGUAGAUUACAUGUAUAAUUUAAUUUGUG